AUGUACCGCUUCCAGCACAAGCAGAUGCUGCAGCGCCAACUGGCUGAGGAGGAGUUUAAGCGCGAGCAGCAGCAGCAGCAGCGUCAGCAGCAGCGUCCCCUGACGUCCCCCUCGCCGACCGGCGUGCCGCCCGGCUUCAGCCCGGCACACUUUGGCACCAAUGGUCCCCCCCCGAGUGGGCUCCUCUCGGAUCCGCUGCACUCUCCGGGUCCCGGGUCACCGUCCCAGCAUUCGCCCUUCGGGAUCCCCAUUCAAGCUGGCACGUCGCCGGCCCAUCCACCCUCCGGAGGAGCCUCCUCCUAUGGCGGGACCUCGGCCCCGACGCCGGUCCUCUCGGCCGGCGGGGCCCCAGCCCAUGUUCCCUCCUCGCCCUUUGGACCAUCGCCCCUCUCCACGUCGGCCUCCUCCGGACACCUGAGCGGGUACUUUUCCGCAUCGCCCCCCUUCGGCGGCGUUGGGCCUCCCGGCGCCGGUGGCCCCCCCGGUGGUCCGAUUGGCAUUUCACGGCACAGCGUCGGGAGCCCGUCGGCCGCGGCGGCCGCUGCCGCAUAUGCCCACCGCGAGAUGACGCCGUUUGGCAGCGGCCAGGAGUACCUCACCGGGCCCGGGGAAUAUUCCUCCUCGCUUCCGCGGUCGGCCACCGCCGGGAAUCUCAGCCACGAGGCAGGGCAUCCGGGCAUGCUGCCGGGAUCCGGGCCCGGGGCCGGCGGCUACUCCGCCGCCAUGGGGGUCCCCCACUCUCGGUCGAGUGGCCCCUCGCCCUACCACUCGCACCCGCACGGGUAUUCGCACCACGCGCAGCCGGAACCGCACCAGGCACGGCAGCAAGUGCCCCCCUCGCAGCACCAUCACCACCCCCAUCACCACCAUGGUGCAUCUCCCUUUGGCGGAGCUGGGCCCAUUCCCAUCCCCUCGCCGUCCCACUCGACCUACUCCAGCUCAUACCAGGGGUCUUCGGUAUCCUCGGCCGGGUCGAGCUUCCACGGGGGCGAUAGCAUGCCUGGCAGCGCGGCCAGCAGCCUUGGCACCAGUGUUUCCAGCAUUGGUGCCAGCGGUGGGAGCUUCUCGGUCGGGUUCUUUGGUGCCAGCGCCGGGCAGGGUCCCCCUGCGGGGGCCGAUCGCAGUGGCUCGGUCACCCCCUCGCCAUACAUGUAUGACUCGCAGCAGCAGCAGCAGCAGCAGCAGCAGCAUGGUGGCAAUUCCUCGGCCACCAUUCCGCUGUCGGCAUCGGCCGGGUCCGGCUUUGGCCCGGUGCCGCAGCCCUUCUCAACGGCAUCCUCGCAUCAGCAUCCCGGCCAGGGGGCCGUCCCGAUGUCGGUCCCAAGCGGCACUGGCUUCCCGGCCGGCGGGUAUUACGGUGGCGGGGUGGCCACCUCGGCGCCCCUGCCGGCGGGUGGGUCGAUGCCCGACCGCCAGGCUUCCGCCCUCCCGGCCUCCUCAUUUGGCGGGGUGCUCAUCAAGGCCGAGCCGGCGCACCCCGCCGAUUCAAGCUCAAAUGAGGAAACCGCCAGCGCUCCGAUGGACUCGGCCCGGUCGACCACCGGUGCCAUGGGCGACUCGUCCCCCUCAUUGAAUGCCUCGCCAACGCCGGAGCUGGGCACCAUGUCCCCAUCUGGUCCGGGCGCUGGCCCGGGAUCCUCGGCCCUCAAGGGCGAAGAGGAGACCGGCGCCCCGAAUGAGCGAGUUCGCCGGCGACGCGAAGUCCACAAUGCUGUCGAGCGUCGGCGGCGUGAUAACAUCAAUGAUCGGAUUGCCGAUUUGUCCUUCCUGGUUCCUGACUGCCUGCCGGACCCGGCCAUGGAUGACUAUGAGAGCUUCACCUUCCCGGCGCCCGAUCGCCCCUCUAUUGGUGAGGCGGCGGCUGCCGGGACAUCGACGUCCGGGGGUUCUGGCAGCACGCGCGGAAGUGCCAACAAGGGCACCAUUUUGCGCAAGUCUGCCGAUUACAUUCGCUACCUGCAUGAGACCAAUGACCGUCUGCGCGCGGAGGUGGCCCAACUUCGGGCCGGUGGUGCGACUUCCGGCGGCAAGUGCCCCUCUUGUGCGACUCGCGGCGGCGCCAGCCGGGCCAAGCACUCGGCCGCUCAUCGCGACGACCCGGCCCCCGGGCAGCCAGCUCAGCCGGAUGUCGAAAUUUCCCUGAUUGGAGAGGAGUCCGAUUCGGGGAAUGCAUUUGCCACUGCCCAGGAGCAGCAGCAGCAGCAGCAGCCCCAUCUCUUGGGGGCUCAUCCGCAGCUCCACUCGCAGCAGCAGCAGCAGCAGCACCACAACUCGCAGCAGGGGUCAACGGCGCCCGGGCCGCACCAAUUCUUCCAUCAGCAUGGUUCCCAAACGCAGCAGGGUCCCUAUUUCCACCACUCCACGUACCCGGAGGCCCCUGGUCCGGGUGGCCCGCACCAGGACCAGGCCGCCUACUAUCCCCAGCACCCGGGCUCUCACCAGCACCACCAUGCACAUGCCCCUCAUCAAUCCGAGGGCAGGCAGCUGGGUGCCCGGCUAGCCCCCGGCCCCGGGGGGGGACCCCAUUCACAGCAGCAACCUCCCUCCUCGGCUGCGGGUCUGGAGGGGGACCAUCACUCGGAUGCGGCCGAUCGCCUCAGCCAGCAGCAGGCCCAGAUCAUGGAGAUGCAGAAGACCAUGGAGCAGCUUCAGCAGCACAUGGCCAUGCAGCAGCAGAUGCUUCUCAUGGCGGCCUCUGGCUUCAUGGGCGGGAACCCCCAGUCACCGGGGACCGGUGACCUAUCGGCCCCGGGGCAGCAGCAGCCGCAGCCAUUGACCCCCGGUGGCGGGGCAGGACCGCCGAACUUGAUGCUCCAGUCGCUGGUGCAGCUGCAGCAUCUGCAAUUGAACAACCCAGGCGCCCUGGCACCCGGGGGCUUCAUGCCGGGGCUCGGGCCGGUUCCCCCGGGGACGGCCGCCCCGGGGCCCAGCGGUGUGGGGCAUCCGCCGAUGGACAUGGGCCCCACCUCGGGCGAGGGGGCGGUCACCUCGACACCCUCCUCUUCGGUGGUCGCCGACAGCGACAUGGGUUCCUAG